AUGUUGCGGUGGCUGCUUGGAGCCGCGCUGCUGGCUCGGGCGGCCGGCUUCUACCUCCCGGGUCUUGCCCCCGUCAGCUUCUGCGAGCCGGGGAACGAGCAGGUCCCAGACUGCAAGCCCACCAUCGAACUGUUUGUGAACAGGUUGGAUUCAGUGGAGUCUGUUCUGCCUUAUGAAUAUACUGCGUUUGACUUCUGCUCGGAGGAAAAAAUGAAACGUCCAUCAGAGAAUCUGGGCCAGGUUCUUUUUGGGGAGAGGAUUGAACCCUCGCCAUACAAGUUUGAGUUUAAGAAGCCUGCAGUGUGUCAGUCGGUGUGCAACAGAACCUACGACACCAGCAAAGCAUCAGACAAGAACAAACUGGAGUUCCUGAAGAAAGGCAUGCUACUCAACUACCAGCAUCACUGGAUUGUGGAUAACAUGCCUGUGACCUGGUGCUACGAUGUUGAAGACGAGCAGAAGUUCUGUAAUCCUGGUUUCCCUAUUGGCUGUUACGUCACAGAGGCAGGUCGACCCAAAGACGCCUGCAUAGUCAAUCCUAACUUUAAUGAAAAGGAUGCGUUCUACAUCUUUAACCACGUGGACAUCACCAUCCAUUACCACAUCGUGGAGCAUGAGCAGCUGGGAGCUCGGCUGGUUGCUGCCAAGAUUGAACCCAAAAGCUUUCAGAGUCCUGAUUGUUCUGGCGGGCCGAAGUUCCUGAAAAACAAACAAACGGGAGUGUUUGACAUCAAAUACACCUACAGUGUCAAAUUUGUGGAGGACAAGAGUAUACGUUGGGCGUCUAGAUGGGACUACAUCCUGGAGUCGAUGCCUCACACCAACAUCCAGUGGUUCAGCAUCAUGAACUCGUUGGUGAUCGUGUUGUUCCUGUCUGGGAUGGUAGCCAUGAUCAUGCUGAGGACUCUGCAUAAAGAUAUUGCCAGAUACAAUCAGAUGGACUCUGUGGAGGAUGCUCAGGAGGAGUUUGGAUGGAAGUUGGUCCAUGGAGAUGUUUUCCGACCUCCAAGGAAGGGAAUGCUGCUGUCGGUUUUCCUCGGCUCUGGAACCCAGAUCUUCAUCAUGACCUUCAUAACCUUGUUCUUCGCCUGUCUGGGGUUCCUCUCUCCAGCAAACCGAGGCGCUCUGAUGACCUGUGCUGUGGUUCUCUGGGUUCUCCUGGGAACUCCUGCUGGAUAUGUGGCUGCUCGCCUCUACAAAUCUUUUGGAGGAGAGAAGUGGAAGACCAACGUCCUGCUGACAGCCUUCCUCUGCCCUGGGGUGGUGUUUGCAGAUUUCUUUGUAAUGAACCUGAUCCUCUGGGGGGAAGGGUCUUCAGCAGCCAUGCCAUUUGGGACCCUGGUAGCCAUAUUGGCUCUUUGGUUCUGUAUCUCAGUGCCACUCACAUUUCUAGGCGCAUACUUUGGCUUCAAGAAGGCAGGUAUUGAACACCCCGUGCGGACCAAUCAGAUUCCUCGUCAGGUCCCAGAGCAGUCCUUCUACACGAAGCCUCUCCCUGGUAUCAUCAUGGGGGGCAUCCUGCCUUUUGGAUGUAUAUUUAUUCAGCUCUUCUUCAUACUAAACUCCAUAUGGUCCCAUCAGAUGUACUACAUGUUCGGCUUCCUCUUCCUCGUCUUCAUCAUCCUGGUCAUCACCUGCUCUGAGGCCACCAUCCUGCUCUGCUACUUCCACCUCUGUGCUGAGGACUAUCACUGGCAGUGGCGCUCCUUCCUGACCAGCGGCUUCACGGCGGUCUACUUCCUGAUCUACGCCAUCCACUACUUCUUCUCCAAGCUGCAGAUCACGGGGCUGGCCAGCACCAUCCUGUACUUCGGAUACACCAUGAUCAUGGCCCUCAUCUUCUUCUUGUUCACUGGCUCCAUCGGCUUCUUCGCCUGCUUCUGGUUUGUCACCAAGAUCUACAGUGUGGUCAAAGUGGACUGAAGGACACACACACACACACACACACACACGCAUGCACACACACACACGCACACGCACACAGAGACUGUACAUGUCUGGAGGUUGCUUUUUCCCAUGAACCUCUGGAACAUUGAACAUUUCCCUUCACCCUCCUUUUCAGGCAGAGACACUCUGCUGCCGACUUCUCUCUGUGUGCCUAAACUGUUUUUUUUGUGUGAGCAUGUGUACUCUGGGUUGUAAUUUUGAACAUACAUCCUGUAUCUGCCUAUAAUCUGAAUGAAACUAAUCAUAACUCUACACGCGUGUUCCCAGAAUCUUACUCACCAUAGAGGGCAGUGAGACACUUCAUGUUAGGUUUGUCCCAUCGUCCAUGCACUCUGAGUUAAACAUGUAGAGAUUGGUAGUGAGACAAAUAAAGCUGAGGGUCUGCUUCUUAACAAACAUGUUCACAUGUGUGAAAUGUACUCCUGUCUCUGAAUUGUGGGCAAAUAUUUUGCACAGAUUUUGCACAGUAUCUGCAAAAGGGAACACCAACUAUGUCAAAAUGGGUCAAAACAGCUCUGCAGUCUUCAGUUCAGACUACUUUUAUUUCAGUUUGAGAUUCACAAAGGGCGACUGGAGUCAUCAACAUUUUGGCGAAUAGUUUUUAUUUCUGAGGUGUUGAUCAGGGGAUAACUGCUGACUCAUCUGCUGAUGAUUUGUCGAGGAUGUAUUCAGUUCUGAGAAAAAAAGAUUCUGCAAAGGCCUUGAAAAUAAAAUGGCGACAGUUUGAAAGCUUCCUUAUAAAAACAAUCCAAGUAAGUAUUAUACUCCUGAUCCGACAGAAAGCCAGUCCCACUUUGGGAAACUGAGGAUACACCCCCGGCCUGUUCCCCAGAAUCUACCUGUGGUUACCUCAGGGAAGCAGUGGUUCCAUCCGCUCCCCAGCGAGGUCCCGCUCAGCUUCGGUACGAUCUCCAUGUGUGUUCAGUGUGCUAGGAGCAAGGAAUGAUGUGAUGCACCAGAGCAAACCUGUCCGUGCGAGUUUCACUUUAUGUGGUUUGUUCUCAAGCUCAGUCGGGGGGUGUCUACCUCUUUAGUUAAGGGUCACAAAUGGUACCUCAACCAGUGGUUAGAUACUCAUUAAGCUUAAGCUGUAGAGUUUAGAAAAUCAUUUGAGAACUGUGUGUCACCAGAUUUAAGAAAAGCAACUUUAAACUCUGAGCUUGAAUUCAUCACCUGGCCCCUCCCUCCCCAUCAGUACCCACACAUUAUCGAACUUCAACAAGUCGGCAAUACAUUUUUCCACUUUGCUGUGAGAGUUAAAACUGUUUAAAGGCCUUUUUUUUCAAGAUCUGACCACCAGCUGACUGGCUGCUUACUCAUGUAUUUUCAGCUCAUGUCAGUUUCUGAGUAUCAGUAUCUGCUCGGUGUAUAAAGUGAUUCAGUCAAAUGAGUCCGAGGCUUCACUAUGACCUGUUUAACUCUGGCUUUUUCAACAUUUCUUGUAAAUAACAAUCUAAUACGUACUGUAUGAUGUUUUCACAUGAUAUAUUCCUAAAGCCAAAGAGAAGCAUGGAUUCAUUCAUUCUCUUUGUAGUUCAAUUAGGAAUCCUAGAUUAAACCUGGUUGAGUUGU